AUGACAAAUGACACUUGGGUGACUGAAUUCAUCCUGAAGGGCUUCUCGGACGUGCCUGAAAUGAAGGUUGUGAGUGCUGCGCUCUUUCUUGUCAUCUACCUCCUCGCCCUCCUGGGUAACAUCGCCAUUGUUGCGGCUGUGACCAGGGACAGCCGCCUGCACACCCCCAUGUACUUCUUCCUGAAGAACCUCUCCUUCCUGGACAUGUGCUACACCUCGGUCACUGUCCCCAAGGCACUGGUCAGUUCCCUCACGGGCUCCAACGUCAUCUCCUUCCAGGGCUGCGUGGCCCAGCUCUUCCUCUUUGUGACACUGUGUGCCUCAGAGUGCUUCCUGCUCACAGCCAUGGCUUACGACCGCUGCUUGGCCAUCCACAGGCCUCUCCUCUACAGUGUCACCAUGAGCAGAAAGCUGUGCUCGGAGCUGGUCGCAGUGGCCUGGCUGAGCGGGGCUUUCUAUGCCAUCUUCCACACUGUCAACACCUUCUCCCUCCCCUUCUGUGGGCCCAAUGUCAUCGACCACUUCUUCUGUGACAGCACGCCCAUCAUGAGGCUCUCCUGCAGUGACGCCCACGCCAACGAGGAGGUGGGGUUUGCUGUGGGGGGGUGCGUGAUUCUCGGGGCCUGCGCCCUCACCAUCAUCUCCUAUGUCCUCAUCGUCACUGCUGUCAUGCAGAUUCACUCUGUGGGUGGCCGCCGGAAGGCCUUCUCCACCUGCUCCUCACACCUCAUCACAGUCAUUCUGUUUUACAUCACCGGGAGCUUUGCUUACUUGACGCCCACUGCCCAGUACUCACCAAUGGAGGGGCGCUUAGAGUCUGUGUUUUACUCCAUCCUCACACCCAGCCUAAACCCUGUUGUGUACUGUCUGAGGAACAAAGACAUGCACACGGCCCUGAGGAAGCUGUUUGUCCCACCCAGGUGCACACAGGUCCUCUGA